CACGGGCCACCAGUUGGACAGCACUGCAAUAGAUUAAUGUUUCUUUUUAACCAGAGUGCCACUUGGUGUGUGUACAAAGAGUAUAGAUAUGGUUGGGACGCUGGUGGCUGAGCACCUGGGAGGAUAAUCGGUGCACACUAUACAUGGAGGAGCUGUGAGACGGAGCAGUUCGGUGGAAGGUGCACCUGGAGCGGCUUUUUUUUGUUUAAUUAAAACACUUUCUGCCAGCAGUCAAAUGGCAUUUAAAUAGAUAUUGCACAGUGAUCUUGCACAGAAGCAUAUUAUUUAGGACCCACUGUAAAUAAGUGGAGACUCUAGGUUAGAUUCAGCAAUAAGGCAUUAGUACUUCCCAGUACCAAAUAUUAUCUGCAGAAUAUUGGCAUACUGUGUUUAUAAGGGGCAAUUCAAAUGAUUCUGAUGUCUGAUAAUCCAGUCCCUCAAAAAACUUCUCUCCUAGCGGGUGGAUGUGAACUAGUGAUGUGCGGGUUAACCUGAAACCUGCAGUGAGUCGUGUGUUGAACACUAGUUGGGCAAGUUCAGGUUAAAAUGUAUUUGUAGGUUACAGUUUUAGGUGCAGGUCAGACUGGUGAAGUAUACGUCUCCACUCCUUCCAAAAAUUGUCUAUUGUGGAGCGGACAAAGUCAACAUUUUGCGUGUCAGGUGCGGGUUAAGGUAUUGUGGCUUAGGGUCAGUUGUAGGUUGUUUUUCCUGAUUCGUACAAGUCAGAGGGUAUAUGAACCCAUAUUUGUAAUCGACAUAUAUCUCAUAACUAAUCCUCAUAUUUUGGUCCACCAACUCUUUCCUUUGACCGUCAGUUCAAAGAGGCUUCCAUGAGCAAAUUAUUGGACUCCAAACCAUUUGUAUCACAGCCCCUUGCUAAAAUCUCUAAUCAAGGGUCUCUCUGUACUUUGAGACCAAAUGGCAUGACACACUUUCAUGAUGAAAUCUGCUUAUUUGGUGACAUGGUCCAAGUGUAUGUCUAGAUGCACAGGACCAAAUUAGGUUGGGCUAGCUUGGCUAAUCAAUAGAGAACACAGAAAUGUAGCAUGGCUGCCUGAACCUGCUGCUUUAAAAGAAAGUCACCAGUGUGUACAAGCCUCAGAGUAGCCUCUUACUGAGCCGAGUUGUUUUUCAUUAUGAUGAGGCAGCACCUUUACUUUGCACUUAGGUGAGAGUCCAAACAAUUGCCACCCAGUAUAUCACUUAAAGAUAACAUCCAGAUUCAAAGAGCUUUCUGAAUUACACAUUUGUACUACUACUGUGAAUUGAAAAGUGAUUGUUUUGCUUUCUGGAAGAGUGGGCAACACUAAAGGUGUCAAACAAUGCAUGGGGCAGCGCUGUGGCCAGCAGUCUCCCUGAUAUUAUGUACGGUGGCCGCACUGGGAUGCCUUGCUGCAGAUUUACCCCCUCCCUGUGACAGUCAGAUUUACUGCACGGGAGACCUGUUGCAUCAUGUGCAGUUGGCCAAGAUCUUUGAAGAUGACAAGCACUUUGUUGAUAUGGUUCUGAAGGACACACCUGGGAACACCCUGCAGAAAUUCCAGACUCUGGUGUCUGAAGGUGUGACUAGGGAAAAAUUAAUUGCAUUUGUCAAUUCAUCUUUUAGUCCUCCAGGACAGGAAUUUGAACCAUGGAGUCCUUCAGACUGGAAAACAAACCCCCAGCUGUUGUCCCAAAUUGCAGAUUCCAACCUGCGCAGCUGGGCUGCAGAAAUUCAUGCUCUCUGGAAGGAUUUGGGAAGAAAGGUUAAGAAAGUAGUUAAAGAUCAACCAGAACAAUACUCACAAAUCUACGUACCCAACGCUGUUAUUGUUCCUGGUGGUCGCUUCCUUGAGUUUUACUACUGGGAUUCUUACUGGGUCAUUAAUGGACUUCUCCUCUCAGAGAUGAACAACACAGCAAGAGGGAUGAUAGAAAACUUUUUGUACAUGGUUGACCGGUUUGGACUGAUCCCCAAUGGAGGGCGGGUCUAUUACCUUCGUAGAAGUCAACCGCCAUUCCUUACCUUGAUGAUGGACAGCUAUAUGACAUAUCAAAAGGAUAUGACAUUCCUCAGAGAAAACAUCCACCUGCUAGAGAAAGAGUAUGACUUCUGGAUGAAUAACCGGACUGUGACUGUGACACUGGGAGGAAAGAGUUAUUUACUAAACCACUACCAUGUGCCCGUUGGGGGGCCGAGGCCAGAGUCCUAUUCUGAUGAUUAUGAACUUGCUGAAACCGUUGCCCCAGAUUCCCAACAGUCUCUUCUGGCGGAGCUGAAAGCUGCUGCUGAAUCAGGCUGGGAUUUUUCUUCUCGUUGGUUCUCCGGGUCGGUUGGCAACAGCGAGACAGAUAAUAAACUUAAUAUGACCAGAACCAGUUCUGUGGUGCCUGCGGACCUGAAUGGAAUCCUGUGCCGUGUGGAGAAAACAUUAGCCAAGUUUUACAAGGAGCUGAAUAUGCCUGAGAAAGAAUCUCGGUUCCAAACAGCUCUGACACAGAGACUUGAGGCAGUACAGUCUGUAUUGUGGGACGAGGGCCUGGGGAUAUGGCUGGACUAUAACAUGGAUGCUCAGCGGAGAAAUACACAUUUUUAUCCCAGCAACCUGGUUCCUCUAUGGGCUACGUGUUACUCGAAUCCAGAAGUUGCAGACCGAGUAGUGUCCUAUCUCGAGAAGAGUGGAGCAUUGUCUUAUAAGAAUGGCAUUCCCACCUCACUGACACGAUCUGGUCAACAGUGGGACUUCCCCAAUGCCUGGCCUCCUCUCCAACACAUGGUUAUUGAAGGUCUGGCACAAGCCAAAUCCUCCAGAGCAAAAGAUACUGCAUUCUCUUUGGCCCAAAACUGGAUCAGAACCAACUAUAAAGCUUACACCAAAUAUAAAGGAAUGUUUGAGAAGUACGAUGUAGAAGGUGAUGGGAAACCUGGAGGAGGAGGUGAAUAUGAGGUUCAAGUGGGCUUCGGCUGGAGUAAUGGAGUCGCAUUACAAUUACUGGAACGGUACAAAACCCAGCUAACUGCUGGCACUACCCUAUGUCGCUCACUGUCAUGGAUGGCCAUCAUUCUGACAAUCGUUAUCACUUUCUGGGCGUGAAGCUGAGGCGCAGGGUGGGACAUCUGAUGAACUGCUUGCAACUGUUGUGUUCUUCACCUCCAAGCACUCCUGCAAGCUGUGCAGUUGUAGUUACCACCUUAGAUCCCUCUCAUUCAAGUUGAUCCUUUUGUAUUCUUUUCUAUGUUUUUCCUUUAGACUCGCCAUGCAGUAUAAUUGUCAUUGCUGUUCAUGCUAUGGGUGUCUUCUCACCAGAAGCACUGCAACUUCUUUUGCUUUAAAAAAACUUUGUAAAUUAGAAAAAUCAUUUUUAUGCACAAUCAUUGUUUUGCAAAAAUGUUUGCUCUUCAUAAAGAAUUA